AUGUGCAUGUGUUGUUUUGAUUGUUGUAUUGUUUGGUUUAAAGCAUACUCACACUGAAAUCAACUUCCUAUCUAUGGCAUUGGGUUUUGAAAGGUAAUGACAAAGAUAAUGGCAGCCUGCGCACUAUCCAAGCUUGAUAAGUGGCAAGAGCAGGCGAUUCAAACCAAGGAGAAGUAUAAAGAAAUAGAAAUGAGUGAAGAAUUUGAACAGCUUACUGCAGAUGUAAUUGCCCGAACUUCUUUCGGAAGUAGUUACGAGUUAGGGAAAGAAGUCUUUGAAGUUCAAAAGGAGCUUUUUCAACGGGCAGUAGCUUCCAGUACCGAUAUCACAAUCCCUGGCAGCGAAUAUAUUCCUACUAAGUGGAAUGUUCAAACAUGGAAACUCAACAGAAGGGCAAAGAAUACUCUUAAGCGCAUCAUACAGAGUAAACUGAAUUCAGAGGACGAAACAUACUCAGACUCCAGAUAUGGGGAUGACCUACUGGGAUUGAUGUUGGGAACAUUGAUGGAUGAAUCAUCUAGAAAGCAAGGCAUUUGGCUCAACAUGGAUGAGAUAAUAGAUGAGUGCAAGAUGUUCUUCUUCGCUGGCCAUGAGACUACAUCUCAUUUACUAACUUGGACUGUGUUUGUGUUAAGCUUACACGGUGAGUGGCAGGAAAGACUCAGAGAAGAAGUGUUGAGGGAAUGUGGGACAGAAAUCCCCGAUGCUGACAAGCUCGGCAAACUGAAAUUGGUAAGGACACAUCAGUUUCUUCCUCUUCUUUUUAAUAUCAUGCACACAUCAGUUUCUUCCUCACACAUAACUCUUCUUCUUUCGCAUCAAGAACAAAUGAAUGAAGACUAA